AUCGAGGGCUCGUCCAGGGCCCAGAGCUUGUCUGCAUUGUGCAACUUGGAUCUACCAGUACUUGUUCAUUGACGCCACGUGACGAAUCUUGCUCUCACAAUGGAAGCGAAUACGCCACAGAGCUCGUCUCCUCCUGGUAAACGCGUCUUCCCGCCGCUUUACCAGGCCACAGGCGAUGUAGCCGUGGAUCGUCUCGCGUUCGUCCACAUCCUGGAACGACUCAAGACCCAGAAACGAACGGGAUGGGUUGACCAUAAUGUGCCUGGUCCUGAAAGUAUCUCAGACCACAUGUAUAGGAUGGCUAUCCUCGCGAUGUGCACGUCAGAUACAAAUUUAGACAUCUCUAAAUGUGUGAUGAUGUGUCUCGUACAUGACCUCGCCGAAGCACAAGUGGGAGAUAUAGCUCCCCGAGAAGGCAUACCGAAGGCCGAGAAACGACGCCUAGAAGAAGAAGCCAUGCAUAAUUUCGUGCACGAGAUGUUGCAUGACAGCCCUGCUGCACAACGCAUCAUGGUGCUCUGGCAGGAGUAUGAAAACCAACAGACCGACGAAGCGCGUUUCGUCAAAGAUUUAGACAGAUUUGAAAUGGCAUCGCAAGCCUCGGAGUACGAGCGAAACCACAACAUGACUACGUUGCAGCCGUUCUUUGACAGUAGCAUUCCCCACGUACGCCAUCCGGAGGUUAGACGUUGGAGUGAGGAUUUGCUCGCCGAACGAGAGAGGACUGAGUCGCGGGAACUCUCAAAUGGACAAUGAGUCUGUAUCUGUAGGAACUGUGUCUGCGGUGUAGUGUAUUCCCCUGUAGAUCGAUAGAUGACCAAUUAAGGACGUCAAACUGCGUUUGCAGAGCA